CCACCAUCCGCAUUGAGUUAUACGGCAACUCAGCCAUCUGCAACUUUUCCAUCUCCCUCCCCUCUGCAAUCGCAGGAGCUGAGGUCCUGCACCCCAGAAUCCAACGUCUCUGCAUCCACCCGCUGCCUUUAUAUCCUUGAACCUGCAACUCUAUCGAAGAAGCGUCUUCUACAUGGCUUCCAUUACUGUAGACAUCUGCUCGUGUUACACUUCUUGAAGCCGCGACAUGUGCUGCAACGUUGUCCGACCGACCCCAAGUCGUGCGACAUCGACACGCACUUUAUGCUACUAGCUGUCUCAGACUAUAUCAGCGAUACCCAUCCUCCAUCUCCAGACUUUAUUUGCGCGUCACAACCUGAGGGUUUCCCUUCAGAAUGACACCGGCACAACCUCUCCCAUCUCCGACGAAACCCAAGAGUCCUCGCACUCGUUCGUCCAAACAUUCGGCACAUCAAGUGGCUCACAGACAUUCCUCGAACUCCAUACCCUCCUCUCCUACUCUGCAGUCUCAAUCAUUGCAGCGAGCGGCUGUGACGCCGAUACGUACACCAAUGGCGAACACGGGGACAUUUCUGGCGGACUCAACCUCCCCCAACCCCAGCAGUGAGCAUGACGAUUUCGAGGACCCUCAUGAUCUCUCCUUCUCCUCAAACCACAUCCUUCGUGCCUCAAUGGUAGACAAUCUGGUCAUGUCGCUCGAUCAGUUUUCUGCUGGAGGCUUCGCCGACAUUCCUUACACCCCGCGCAACAACAGCUACGACAUCGAGACAAGAAGUCGAAAGAGAGGGCAUACAUUCUCUUCCUCCGUGUCCUCCGAGCCCGACCUGCCUGAUUUAAGAUCAAUGCCACCACUCCCAGACACAAUACCACGCAUACCUCCUCGAAACAAUGCAAGGUUUCAGAAGAACCUGCAAAAGCUGCCCAGCAUAUUCGGCGAGGAUGAAGAUUCUGUUCGGGCGAAAGUAUACGAUGCCCAGCGGGCAGCCCAACCUGGACCUGUCCGAAGGAAGAAGAACGUCUCUACUAGCGGAAGAAGCACGGCCAGCAGUGCAUCCUCCAGCAUCGAUCUUGGUCAUCUCGCUAGUCUUUCAGGUCGAUUGGGAGGGGCUGGAAGCAGACGCUCACGAAGUUUUGACUUUGGUUCGAGAAAUCGUGGCCCGCGAACCUCGAAACCUCUGCACAGCACUUCAGAGGGCGUUGCUCCUACACCUGUCAUCUUUUCAGGACCGGAGGCUCAGAAGGGCGUGCCACCAAAUACUUCUAGCUCACCUCUCGUCCGGAAAAACAGUGCAAAAUCUUCCAAAAGCGCGUACGUCAGAAAAGGACGGUCAACGGGAUUGGCUACGAACGGUGCUAGGUCCACCAACGACUCUGUGCCACAGCUACCCGCCGCGAAGAGUGUACCGAGUCUCAGCAAUACGGCACAGGAGCAGAAAGUCAAUGUAGGCAUCGUACCUGAGCCUAGCCUGAACCCGCGACCUGGAUUUUUCAGACGCGUUUUCGGUUCCUCUAAGAAUCCGCCUGCACACUCGGACAAUAACAAUCACGCCCCAAAUAUUCUCACAAAGCAGCACACGGGACGCUCGACACCAGUGCAGGAUGAGACGCCGUAUCCAUCAACCCCGCCUAAUAGGUUGGUGCAAAGGCCCAUUCGAAGAACGUCCGCAGAUAUGUCUGCCAACAAAGAAAAUCAGCCAGUGGUCACCAAGAAAUCGUCGACAUUCUUCCGUCGAAGGAAGAAAUCUAAUUCAAGUACCGUGCCACCGCCCCUGCCAUUGACGCUGGAUUCAGAACUCAAGGCUGAACCCGAGCAGGCUGAUGGAACCAGCCCUGUUAGUAGCUUGCGGGCGUUCAUGGGCCCAUACCUGAUGGAAAAGCCGCCGCAAACCCUGGGCCACGGUCGGACUAAUUCUAUGCAAGGCUUCUACACUCCAGACCUAGCACCCCCUGCUUUUGGGUUACCACCAGAGUCCACAAACCAUGCGAAACCUGCAGGUCACAAUCGAACCGAAUCACAUGGCAGCAACAAGACACUGAAGUCUCACGGCAAACCUUCGACUUUACGCAUUCCCCAUCAAGACUCUUUUCUCGCCGAUAGUAGCAGUACAGAAGAGGCAUGCAGGCGAUCACUUUUUGACGGCAGCCAGAUUUCCGACCACGAUCGGUCCACUUUCCGAGUCCAACGAAAUGUGAAUGGUUCGGGUUCUGGUGUCGAGCCCGCGACAUCGUCGAAUUCAUUAGCGAGCCCUCUCGCUGAUCCCGUACGGGGCACAUCGAGGAAAGGUUCUUGGACAUCCGAAGGAGUCUCCCCAACAUCAUCCGUGGUUGUCCACCCUCUAGGUGGCGCUACAGCGCCUGAUGAGAAGUCGCUGGCCGACAACAAAGGGCUCGAGACAUCAAAUGUCUCUCGAAAAGGCUCUAAGAGCUCACCCUUUGCAUCGACUUCCGAUAUUAGCGAAUACAAAUCAGCUCCGACAACCCCACUUAUCAUUGAAAUUCCCAAUGAUGAAAAGCCAGCUAUGCCAACAUCCUUUGUACUGCAGCCGAUCCAGUCUGUUGGGGAUGAAGCCAAGAUCAAGGCUAGGCAGAUCUUCGACAAUACAGAUGACGAUAUAGAUUCCUCGAGCGCCGCAGCCUGGAUGGGUGAGGAUGGUCCAGAACGCGAACGUGUGAGAAAUGCAUACAUGAAACUCUUCGACUGGUCCAACCAAGACAUCAUUGAUUCUCUGAGAGGACUUUGCGACCGCAUAGUUCUAAAGGGAGAGACUCAACAAAUGGACCGAAUGAUGGUUGCUUUUGCGCAACGAUGGUGUGAAUGCAACCCGACGCAUUUAUAUAGGUCGAGCGACGUCGUGCACACCCUCUGCUAUUCGAUUCUAUUAUUGAACACCGACCUUCAUUUGGCCGACAUUGGACAGAAGAUGACAAAGGCUCAAUUCGUUCGAAAUGCACUUCCCCCGAUCAGACGCAUGGUUCAAGUGUCGGACGAAAACCGAACCAUACGCGGCACGCCCUCCAGACCACGUAUGAAUACCGGUUCUUCGGAUGAUCCAAACUUGACCAUCAGAGGUUUAAGAAGUGUUGCGGACAAGACCAUUCAAGAGGACGGGGACGAUCUCGAUUCGAUCAAUGUCCGGCGCGCGUCAUUCUUGUACACAGGAUCAGAGAGAGCAUGGGAGAUGCAGAUUGAAUCUGUCUUGAGAGGGCUUUAUAACUCAAUCUCACAGGAACCAUUACCGCUAUAUGGUGCUCAACCCGAUGCGAAUGUCCAGUUUAAUCAAUCCAACAACUUCUUGACAAUUGGUUCCAACGUGCUGCGUCGGACACCAAGUGUGCUCAGCAAAGCACAUUCAGAUACAAAUCGUGGCCGGUUCGGAGAAAGCAAAUCUCUUGGAGCUCGGUGGAUGACCAAGACCCGAUCUCGACCCCGACUGCCCUCUGCUGCAGGCUUUGGUUCUAGCAGGACCAGUAUAGAUGAGCAGUCGUCGACUUGGAGCCCUUCCAUGUCCAGCACUUGGAGCAAAGCAAGCCUUGGGAAGACACUGACAUCGAUGUCCGUCGACUCCUUCGGCACUGAGGCGACACACGGUGAUUACCAGUCCUCGAUCGGGUUUGCAAACGCGCUGAGCCAGGCAAUCAUCCGUGAGGACCAGCUCGACCUACCCACCGAGGACGGGUUGAAGGCUGGAUCGCUCUUGGAAGAUGACUCCCUUGAGCUUUGCGGUGCACCUUGGGCGAAAGAAGGGAUUGUCAAGCACAAAUGUCAUCUUGAGGGUGUCGACAAGAGGUCCAAAGAUAGGAACUGGAACGACUGUUUUGCGGUGAUAGAGAAAGGAUGGAUGAGACUCUUCUCAUUUUCAUCCAGCGCAAAAUCUUUGCGAAACAGAUCUCGGGCGCCUAAACCCGGGGCUGUGGUGGGCGGCGGGAACUGGCAAGACAAUGCAGAAGAAGUGUGGAAGUUCAUGCUUCGGCAUACGAUCGCCAGCUCGCUCCCACCUCCUGGAUACUCCAAAGCACGACCAUACGUCUGGGCUCUGAGUCUUCCGACUGGCGCCGUACAUCUCUUCUCUGUGGGAACUCCAGACAUCGUCAAGGAGUUUGUUUCCACGGCCAACUACUGGAGUGCUAGGCUUUCCAAAGAACCUAUGAUGGGCGGUAUUAGUAACAUGGAAUAUGGUUGGAGCGACGCGGUCGUUAAUCGCUCACUGAUUGCAUCCGAGGGUCAGGCUGGGUUGAACUCGGCCAUCAGCCCACGACCUAGCACUCAGAUGUCGAUGAGAAGCUCGAUGGACCAUGUGGGUGGUGUCCGUGCCAAGUUGCCUGGUGAUAAGGUCCAUAUCAACGACUGGUCUCCACCCCAGCAAUCUAUGUUUGCUUCACAGCUGCUCGAGAUAGAUCAGUUGAAAGCGUUGCAGACUUACGUGGGCAAUGUUGAGGAUGAGCUACAAAAGCACAAUGAGCUGCGGCCAUUAAUGCUGAUGGCUUUCACGGCUAAGCAUCCCAAUUCGACCAAAGCGAUGAACAACUGGGAGAGGAAGAGCAGCUAUCUCUUGAGGGAGAUUGUGAAAUUCCGGACUUAUAUCGAUACACUACAAAAUGCUCAAGCGACCAAAGACCGGGUGUACAGAAUGAGGAAGGAAGAAGAGGAUGCGCAGCUUGCAGAAAUUGAUUCGAGAGGAUGAAUGCCCACAGCGUGAUGGCAUAGGGUCUCCUGGGUCCUGUGCAUUGUUGUGGCUGCACAGAUGUUGAUGAGCUGGAACGAACUCUAUAUGGCUCUGCGUUGGUUGCAUGUACCCCGACUGUUUUACCGGAUGAUUGAUGAGUUACGAAUAGCGAGUGAAUAGCGAACAGCGUGGUACACGACGAGGCUGCGACUUGUGUAGGAGCUAGUGAUCUGUGGGAUACCCUUAAGUCGUUGUCCACCAUACGAGAAUG